AUGGCGGGCAACGAAGGAGCGGUGUAUAAAGGAAAUACAAUGAGAGAAUUUGAGAGGCUAAGAAAACAGAGCAGUAGGUAUAGAGAAUGUGGGAUUCUAGAGAAUUGUUAAUUAUGUCUAUUGUUUUAUACAAGUCAGUUGUUAAAGGUACCUAUUGCAGUUUAUAUAAAGAAUAUAUGAGCAAAAUUAUUUAUAUUUGAAAAUUUCAAAAUUUACUGUUUUGGCAGCUCGUCUGAAGGACGUUUACACUGGACAAAAGAUGCAGAGCUACUAGAACUUGAACAAAAAUGUAGGUGGCCUUCUAUAUCUUCACACAUAUAUUGUUAUAUUAUUCCAUUAAAUAAAAUAUAUAUUUGUAUUGUUAUUUGUACAGAUCGAGUCCUAACUAAACUCAGUAAAGUGUAGACCCCAAGGAAUUGACAAUUUUUUACUUUGAUCUAUCAUUUAACCAUUCCCAAGGGGAGGUGUAAAAAACCAGAGGGGAAAUGCAAAAUUAUUUUAGGGUUGAUGUGCACUGUGCACCUCCCCUCAAAAAUAGCUUACCAUGGAGAAAGUGAGAAUGAGGUCACAUAUUCUCGAUUCCUACCUAUGAUAUAACAACUAUGAAACCUGAAACAAACUUUUGGGGGCCAAGCCGUAAUAUAUGUCUAAAACAAUACAAUUAUUUGAAAUAGAUAACAGAUUGUUAAAACAAAAGGAAGCAUUGUCAAAGAAAGUUAAUGAGACGUCGUUACUGAACCAACUACAAUACUAUGUUGAACAACAUAAUGAAGGUGAUACUUAGAAUACUAUGGGCGCUUUCCAUUAACUCAGCCAGAACGGUCAAAUUGUUGAAUGGAACACAAAACGUUUCGGCUUCUGACCGGAAUAUUUGGAUCAGAUUAGAAGGAAGCCCAUUUACGCUAGAUUUUCGAGAAACGUGGGCCAUAUCUUUCCAUUAAUACCGAGACAAAUUCUGAUCUAAGCGGUCUGGCCAUUAAAUGGAAAGCACCAUAUGAUGCACUCUACAUUUGAUAUUUUACCUUGUCAGUCAAUUUUUAUCAAAGUUAAGGCUUUAAUAGCUGUUAUUGUAAUUGAAUACGUCUAUGCUACGGACCAGUGGUAUCUGCAUUAUUUUGACAUGGAGACAAGGCUAUAGGGUCAUGUUUUGUGUUUUUUGACCCUUUAGCCUCGUUUUCGUGCAUACUUCCACUGAGAUACCGCUGGUUCGCCGCAGCGGCGUAUUCAAUUACGAUAACAGCUAUUGAUGUUGUUACUGUUUAUGAUUUGAAGGUGAAUUUGUGCCUCUUGGUGAUCUUGCAAUUGAAGUAUGUCAAAUUAAUUACAUUUCAUUGGAAAGAGUUUGUGUUCCACUUGUUUUUUCAUGUUUAAUUUUAUCAUGUUUAAUGUAGGACAAUCUAUUUAAGGCAGUAGAACUGGUGAAAAAGAAGAAGGUAUGCAUCUAUGGAAUAUUUUUAUUGGGGCUUCUUAGGGCAUCAGAGAAGUACAUUAGCAGUUUUUGUGUUUCAUUUUUUAUAUUCAAUAUGCAGUUGAUGGAGACCUAUAAUGCAUAUCGUUUGACUGGUCUGGCGUUUGUAUUGUUGGAUGAUAACCGAGUUCGUUUUUGUUUGGAUACAUUUUAUAGAGGUACAUCAACCCAUUUUAUAGAGGUACAUCAACCCAUUUUAUAGAGGUACAUCAACCCAUUUUAUUGAGGUACAUCAACCCAUUUUAUAGAGGUACAUCAACCCAUUUUAUGGAGGUACAUCAACCCAUUUUAUAGAGGUACAUCAACCCAUUUUAUAGAGGUACAACAACCCAUUUUAUAGAGGUACAUCAACCCAUUUUAUAGAGGUACAUCAACCCAUUUUAUAGAGGUACAUCAACCCAUUUUAUAGAGGUACAUCAACCCAUUUUAUAGAGGUACAUCAACCCAUUUAUAGACUCGGGUAAAUCAACCCAUUUUAUAGAGGUUUAGCCUUUCUCACGAUGACGAAUACUUGCCAUUUUUGGGUAGCAUCUAAUUCUCGUUCAACCAAUACAGACAAUUAAAACAAUGUGAAAAGCAAUUUUUCAAAAUAAACUAACCAUUUACAAAGCAAAUUUACCAUCAUUUGUCCAAAAAAUUAUAAAAAAUCGCCCUAAUGCACUCUACUAAGUACUUUAUUAUUUUACUCUGCCUAACGCUAAAUGAUUUCACUGGUCAAGCCAGGGCAAGGGGAAGAGCACUGGUACUCAAUGAUAAUGGGUUAAACUAGUUCGAAUUACAUAUUGUCAACUUGCGCUUUCUCUUCGUAUUAAAAUUUCUAAGAAACUGCAUUGGUUGCAUUCUCUUUUCUAGGGCAGUAUUUUGAGCCGUUUUAUAUGGAGAUUCAACUCCAGGACGAUAAAAUGAAGGUUGGAAAUUGAGUUUCUACGUUGAGUGCCACGGUACUAAAUAUGAACGGUUGAGUGAAUCUUUCAUUUAUAACUUUGAACAACUCUCUUUUCUAGAUAUUAAAACAUACCAUCCCGUUUUUCAUACCCCUUGAGGAGAUUCAUCAAAAAUACGAAAAUUCCGCAGAUAUUAAGGUCAGCACUCUAUAUACUCAGGGUGCGAUAAUUCAAGAUUUUUAGUCGUGCCUGACUGGUACGCCAAUGGUUGUUUCCGCGUACUUGCGCUAGUACAAACUCAGUACUCAAUGUGUACUUAUAAUAAUGUUCAUAAAGUACAGGUUUAUGAAUUAAAGUAUGUGCAGACUACGAGGUAGAAAAAGAACCACAAUUGCAUAUACAAACAAUCGACUCCAACGUUUCUUAGUGCCAGUCAAUCCAAUCAUGUUUCAUGCCAAGACAUCUCAGACACAUGACAUGAUAUACCAACUAAAUUACGGUAUUGAAUACCUUGGGCGUGGAAAGGUCAUGUGGUACCAGCAAAAAGUAAGUACGCAGCAAGAGUACCGCGUACCUAUACAUGGUACGUGGCUGAAAACAAAGAUGUACCAGACAGUUAUAUUGGCGUACCUGCGGCACGUACGUACGCGAAUUAUCGCACCCUGAAUAUUAUACUAAAACUUAUACUAGACUGGGAUGAGUUAAUAAAUCUCUUAUCACGGCUUUGAUAAAUAUCCAAAAUGACAUUUCAAUGUUGAAUUAGCUUUGUUUGAUUCCAGUAACAAUGUUAAGUUCAUUCAAACGAUCUUUUAGGUCAGGAAAAAAGUUUCGUGACACGAUCCUGUCUGGCCCGACUCAUAUACUGAAAAGCCCCUUACUGACCUUAUAUUACAUUGUCUAUAUAGGAACUGCUUUCAGUCGUAAGUGGAUACUUAAAAGCCUUUGUUUCAAGAAGGCAACAGGUUAGAAUUUAAAAGCACGAAGUCGUUUUAAAAUGCUUCAAAUAUUGUGCAAACAAAUAUUGGAUACUAAGUAUAUAAUUUACUUUACUCCAACAGUGUGUGAAGUUCAAAGAGGGUAACGAAGAUUAUUCUGUGGAGAAUUUUUACGCCACUCUUGCAUUUGACUUUGUGAAGUUUACAUUGAAGGUGAGCAUUUGUCUGAUUGCCAAUUUAGACUCUUAGCCAAUUUCCACCCAGGAAAAUUUCCCGCAGAAAGAAAAUUUUGUGAAAUGUUAUUGGCCGACACAUAUUUUCCAUCGGAAAAAAAUUUCAACUUUUACAGUAAAGGUCCAUUUCCACCGCUCAGGAAAAUUUUCCGCAGAAAGAAAACUUUGUAAAAUUAUAUUGGCUGACACAAAUUUUCCGUCGGAAAAACGUUUUGAACUUGAAAAUGUUCAACUUCAAACAAUGAUAUUUUUGGAAAAUUUUCUUGAGUGGAAAUGGGCCUUUCAGACUCCAUGAAAAUUUUCAACUUCAAAAUUUUUUUCCGACGGAAAAUUUGUGUCGGCCAAUCACAUUUUAUAAAACUUUCUUUCGCUGAAAAUUUUCCUGAGUGGUAAUGGGCCUUUACCGCUGGAAGUCUGGAACAAUACUGUGAGGGUAACCCUUACUGGACCUCUAGAACUGAUAGAACUAUAUCCAGUAUAAAUCAAGUUACAGUUUAGUUUACAGCUUUUCCCCAAUGAUCUCACUGCUAUCAUUUUUACUGCAGUGUUCUAGUGAUAAUUUUCCUGAUUUUGAAGUGAAACUUAAAUACAGCAGUCUUAACGAGACACUUCCAAAGAAUGUGGACUUAAAAUGUUUGGCUGACACAGGUACGCGCUAAUAAUUUUUUGCCUCAGUAAAUACAUAUUUUAUUUUUAUAACAAAUUUUACACUUGUUUGCUUGUUUUACAAUACUUAGAUGGGCAGGAUGUCGUAACUGAUGAUCUUCGAGCGAAUUUGCUGUCGUUGGAAAUGAAAGAAGCAAUUGUUGAAUUCACUGGCAUUGCCAGCCAAUCAUCGAUAUAG